GGAUUGAGUUUCUCGAGACUACGAUUUAUUUUUAACUUCCGAAGGUACAACUCCUUUCAUCUGUUUCUUUGCUUUUUCACCUAGUACGAGUACGAGAUAUGAUUUAACUCCCACGACCUCGACUUCGUCAAGUGGAACGACGAGCCUCAAAAUGACAACGUCAAAUCCCCGCCGUCCUUUCGUCCUCGGCGCAAGUAGAAGCAUGUACUUCUUCACUCUACUGAGUAGACAACUUCUUGUGUGGAACCUUCUUUGUUCGACGACUUCUUACGCUAUCCAGUUUCCAGACUUCUCAGCCAAAGACGCUUGCGAUGACCGACUGGUUGAUCCUUCGUCGCUGGGACCGAUCGCACCCUACAUCGAUAUUGGCUUUUUCACCGAUUACAAGCUGCAGAGUUGGAUGUACUACUAUUAUGAACAGGGAGAAAUGAUUCAGACGCUCAUAGCUACAUAAAAGGUGCCAUGACAUGACAUGACACGACUUGAUCUGCAAAGCUCCUGGAUGUACUACUUACUAUUAUGAAGGAAAAUACCAGGUGGAUGAUAUUAAUGGCUGUGAAUCUUUAUUGUUGUCGUAUUGUAGUACUAGGUAGUGCCAUGUGGACAUGAGGGAAAAGCAUAGUGUUUGAUACUACGGAUUGUUCGCCUAAUGCUAACCGACCAUCUAGUAAUCAGAGCUCUAUCAAAGGUCCUCUAACAUCCCAAGAGGACCACAACGAUUUCGUUUCUGUGGUUGAACACGAUCGCGUUCGCGAACCGAGAGUAUAUCCUCAACGUGUGCCCAGAAGCCUACCUUUUGACUCUGAUUUUGAGGACUGAGGAACGCCUUCCUCUCAUGGAGGUUGGUGAAUCCCUAAUGGAUUUUGCGUUUUUGUUGAUGUUAUGGCUGGUGUGUGAAAGAUAAUGCAAUCGUUUAUAUAAUAUUGCCCCUCUGUGGUCUUGCUUUCUUUGUAAAUUCAGAUACAGCCGCAGACAAUUGAAGUUAUGUAUUUCGUCAUACUGCUUCAGCUUCUAGCAUUACUAGAUCAGCCGGAGCCGGCCCUUCUAACUCGAACCUUAUCCUCCUCUCCUGGUGCUCUAGCCGGCGCCGAUAACCAUGCGGCCGCAAAAGAACAACAAGCUGCUCUGAAGAUCGAUUUUCAUACAACCGAUUGGCCAAUCCAGCUAGGCCUCGAACGGGUCCACAAAAUGAACAGAGAACUUUACCACAUAGUGAAAACACAAGUCCCCUCAGUUGGGCUUGUCAUUCCCUACUGUGGGGAAGACUUGUCGUUGUUGUUGGCUAGCGUUGCUGGAGAGAGAAUUGAUGAGACAGAAGAGAAAUUGAGGAACGCAAAAAAUGCGAAGAAGCUUGGUGAAGCGGACAAGACUACUUGGACGUCGCUUUUCUCGGGUCCCAAAACUGGGAUUCCUACUGGACAUGUGACGCUUUAUUUGUACAAGCCGGCGCAAACGAAACGGACAUCUUCAUCCUCUACAGGACCAAUUGACGGGGACGAAGUAGAGCAGGUGGUCACGAAGGAAAAUGUGGCUGUUGAGCACGAUGGCCUUGAGGAGAAACAACGUUAUCUGGUUGGGGAAGAUGCGGAAUGGCACUGUCCGUCGGAAACUAGGCCUCCAAGAUUAUGACGAAGUGCCAAGGAAGAUGCUCCUAAUCUCAAUCUGUAAGUUUAACAUGAUCAUCUACGCCACUCGCCACAAAAGAUUAUAGACUAAGUGUAAGUAGUAGUCCUCCUUUAAUAUUCAAGAUCAAGAGAAAGGAUCUUCUCCUCGUCGAAAGCCGCACAUCAUGAGUUUCUAACUCCUCACGUCCUGGACAAAUACUUUCGCAGAGUGAUUGUCAUCGACGAUAUCGAUACACGUCCUCACGAAUGGGAGGUUAAGCGUUAUUUUGAGCAUGUUGCAAGGAAUUACGACAAUUUAGACGAUUUCACGAUUUUCGGACACCCAGACAUCCUAGAACAUGUCCACUUUCGGUCUCUCCGUAACCUGUUACAGGCAUUGAUGCUGGGGAAUGUGCCUGUUGUCGCUGGAGGUGAUGGAAAAGGAGAGGCGGAUCAUGAGAGGGGUAACAAGAAAACGGGUUCGAUGAUAGAAGACCAUAGAAUGCCAUGGGAAGUGGACUACGCAGUUGAAAGAGGAGACCCUUCUCAGAACCAAGACGUUUUCUCAUUAUCCCGCCAGCCAGAAGCUGACUCAGAUGCCUCCUGGGCAGGGUACCUGACUUUGUCCCACCACUAUAUCCACGGGUUUGAACGGCUGAAUGCUAAGAGGGAUAGCGAAUGCAGUAGUACUGCAUCUUCAGCAACAGCAACAGAAGACACACGAGCAGAAACGAGAACAGGAGAAGCGACGAGCGCAUUAGCAGAUUAUCGAAACCUUUUGGUUGAUUUGGGCUUUCAGCUGGAUAAGUUGUCCCCAACUGUGAAAGCGAUUAACAAGCGACUUCACACGACCUACACUGCGCCACCUGAAUUUUUGCAGUUUGAGAAUUCAAAUUUCCAGACGAAAAAUCCUGCGGAUCCAGUAGGAAAUAAGACGAGCAGCCAGAUGUUGAAAUCUAAUGAUUCUUCAGUUUUAGAUGCAAAUCAUAAACAAUCUAAAGAAGAAGAUGUAGUCCCCUUAAAUUUCUAUUGUUGUAGCCAAUUUCUAAUACACAAGAGCAGACUACAUCGGUAUCCAAAGUGGUGGUAUGAAAAGGUUUCUAAUAAACGACCUCAAACCAAUAGGAAUACUUCUUCCACAAGCACUACUUCUAUCCAGUGGAACCAUUGUCUAACUUCUUACAUGGAAGUGAUAUGGCCAAUGUUGUUUGGGACUCCUAGAGACUUCCUAAAACGGCAAGAUCGCGAA